AUGGAAAUGGCAGAGAAGACAGACGAAGAUUGCUCUGUCUUCCCAAAUCAAACCCUUUUCGAACCUCACUUCUACAGCUGCGACAGUAAUGGUAAGAAAAGUUUUAUUUGUGAUACAGUAGACCGCACUUAAUGUUACAUAAAACAUUGAGUUAAAAAACUAAAAUAAGUUUAGUUUUACCGUGAUACAUUAGGUUUGUUACCGCGGUAAAUAACCCACGGUUUUUUUGCGGUUUGUCCAAACAAAAAUAGCCGGAUUAAAUUGUUCUUGAAUUUGUUUGAGAAGCGUGUGCACGAGCUUCAGAUUAUUAAUUAAACACACGUUAAUCACCGUCAUCGCACUUCACAGUGUUUGUUUGAGAAGACGGUGUUCAUACCAGUGACUAACUCCUUGUCGAUUGGUUAUGACACAAGUACUUUUAUUUUAUGACACAAAAUAUUUUAAAAUAGUAUCUAGUUUAAAACAGGGUUUGUGAUAGAAAAUAUGUGAUUCAGUAAAAAAAGCUUUUUAAAAAUCUUAUUUUGCCACCAUUAGUAACAUUGGCCCAAUUUGAAAUUUUUAUAACUGUAAAGGUAUUGUAACAUUUAAAAAAUUUCGAUAUUUUUUAACUAUUUGGCAGAAUUUUACCAAUGUUUUUAUUUAAAAGAAUUUAAAAUACACAGUACUCUUAAUAUCGUAUAUACCAUAUAAACAGUAAGUUGCUUUCAGACAAGUCAUCCCAAAUCUUUAAAUUGCACGAUCUGGCCCUUUCAAAUCAAACCGGUGAUUAUGUUUAUCCUCUGGACUUCACUCAGCCGCUUAGGGUCUUUUUUGAUUUGACCAGCUCAGCCAAUCGACGGUAAGUUUAACAGCGUACCAUAACUAAUAAAAUAACAUAAAAAUAAUAGAAAUUCGUUAUAAAUUAGAAUAAAAUAGAAUUGCAUAAAUUUUGUUUCAAAACAGUCGUACCUUUACUUAUCUAUCUUGCAGGUUUGAUAACAUCAGAGCUGAAGUGACAUUGUUCCGCCGAAGCGUAGGAUGGUUGGGCUGUGGAUGGUUUUACAUUCCAACGUUGGGAAUGUUAGAUAACUAUGACAUUUGUGGAGAAGACAACCUAAGUUGCCCCAUAUACUCAGGUCGACAGGUCGUUGAGGUUGUUUUAAGGCCCAAUGUUUUGUUUUUGGCGCUUAUGAAACUAAUACACAGUGAUCGGGUAAGUCAAGUUUUGUCCAAAGUAAAACAAGCACUAAAAGUAUAUUCUUUAUACACGUUUGAAAAAAACUGAAAGACAGGAUUAUGUACUAAAAGCGUUUCCAGGUCCCAUACCAAAUAAUCAUCAGGUUAAUCAACAAUCGCAGUUCGUCCGAGGAGUUGUUAUGUGCCGCCUUCCAAGCUCGACUAAACUUCUGA